AUUUUUUUGUUUCCUUGUUCCAAUCAGCCUGGGAGUGGUCUCCGGGGCUGAGUAACGUGAUCUGUGCAGGUCUUCACUCUGUCAUGUCCUGAUGCAUUCAACACAUGUGUUAGUGUUAAGACGCUCUCUGCAAUCAAGAGCAAUUUACAUGCAGUUUCCUAGUCUGCAAGAAGAAUCAAAUCAUGCAUUCAGAAUGCUCUCAGGAUUUGUCCGUAAUCUGCAGCUAAUUUCUCUUGCUAAGCUUCUGAAUGCCAUUUACAGGCAGGAAAAUCUGUGAUAGAGAAGAGGUUUCACAUCUUGUGCUGAUUUACCUCAAGGGGGAACUGGUGUAGGUUGAGCUAGACAGGGUUAACAUCCAUUUAAAUGAAGCGAUAACAGUCUUUUGUGUUGGGUAACUCCCAUUUUUUUUCCUCUCUCUCCCUCUCUCGCUCACCCUGUCUCCUUAAGGAAAGAAAAGACAGAUCUGUGAGUAUGGGCAAUUUCAGACUGUGUCUCUGGAAUUAAAGCUGUACCUGACUAUUAGUUCCAAUCUUCUACUUGUCUGCGAGCCACCAGGAGACUGACUUUGGUUUCUGUGUCUGUGAAUUUACACCUUUUUUCGUCUUGGAUGUUGGAUUAUAUAGGAUCGUCCGUCCCUUCCCACUUAUUACACCAAUAAAAUGAGCGAGGAACCCAAGGAAAAACCUGUGAAGUCUGGGCAUAGGAAAAAGAAAGGAAAAAAGUCUGACACAAAUGCAAGUUACCUGAGAGCUGCUCGUUCUGGCAACUUAGAAAAAGCCCUUGAUUAUCUGAAAACUGGGAUAGACAUCAACGUCUGCAAUCAGAAUGGGUUGAAUGCUCUCCAUUUGGCUUCCAAAGAAGGACACAUAGAGAUAGUUUCGGAACUGAUACAACGAGGAGCAGAUGUGGAUGCUUCAACAAAGAAAGGAAACACAGCACUUCAUAUAGCAUCUUUAGCUGGACAAACGGAAGUGGUGAGGAUCUUGGUUACAAGUGGUGCCAAUGUCAAUGCACAAUCACAGAAUGGAUUCACUCCACUAUACAUGGCAGCACAGGAAAAUCACCUGGAAGUAGUCACCUUUUUGUUGGAUAAUGGGUCAAGUCAAGGCCUUGCCACAGAGGAUGGGUUUACUCCUCUGGCAGUUGCCCUUCAGCAAGGUCAUGACCAAGUGGUUUCUCUGCUUCUUGAAAAUGACACAAAAGGAAAGGUCCGCUUGCCAGCUCUUCACAUCGCUGCCCGAAAAGAUGACACAAAAGCUGCAGCUCUCCUCCUGCAGAAUGACCACAAUGCUGAUGUGGAGUCCAAGAUGAUGGUGAAUAGAACAACAGAGAGUGGCUUCACUCCACUUCACAUAGCUGCCCAUUACGGAAACAUCAAUGUGGCUACACUCCUGCUGAAUCGAGGUGCUGCCGUGGAUUUCACUGCCAGAAAUGACAUAACUCCGUUACACGUGGCAUCCAAGAGAGGAAAUGCCAAUAUGGUGAAACUUCUUUUGGAUCGAGGUUCUAAAAUUGAUGCCAAAACAAGGGAUGGACUGACACCCCUUCACUGCGGAGCGAGGAGCGGUCAUGAACAAGUGGUAGCAAUGUUGCUGGAUCGAGGAGCCCCCAUUCUGUCCAAGACUAAGAAUGGCUUGUCUCCUUUGCACAUGGCAACUCAAGGAGACCAUCUGAACUGCGUCCAGCUCCUGCUCCAUCACAACGUGCCUGUUGAUGAUGUCACCAAUGAUUAUUUAACCGCGCUGCAUGUUGCCGCACACUGUGGACACUACAAGGUUGCGAAAGUCCUGCUGGAUAAGAAGGCCAAUCCUAAUGCCAAAGCAUUGAAUGGCUUCACACCUCUUCACAUUGCGUGCAAGAAGAAUCGAAAUAAAGUUAUGGAGCUUCUCCUGAAACACGGAGCAUCAAUCCAAGCAGUCACAGAGUCCGGCCUGACUCCGAUCCAUGUUGCUGCGUUCAUGGGACACGUCAAUAUUGUUUCUCAAUUGACUCAUCACGGAGCAUCACCAAAUACCACCAACGUAAGAGGAGAGACAGCAUUGCAUAUGGCUGCAAGGGCUGGUCAGUCCGAAGUUGUACGAUAUCUUUUACAGAAUGGGGCUCAGGUAGAAGCUAAAGCAAAGGAUAACCAAACGCCACUGCACAUUGCUGCUCGUCUAGGGAAAACAGACAUUGUUCAGCAGCUACUCAAGCAAGGGGCAUGCCCAGAUGCCGCCACCACCUCUGGUUACACUCCCUUGCACCUAUCAGCAAGAGAUGGACAUGAUGAUGUGGUAUCUGUACUCCUGGAAAAUGGAGCUUCUUAUGCAAUUGUUACAAAGAAAGGAUUUUCUCCUCUUCAUGUAGCUGCGAAGUAUGGAAAACUCGAGGUAGCAAAUCUGCUUCUACAGAAGAGUGCGUCCCCGGAUGCUGCCGGGAAGAGUGGAUUAACUCCACUGCAUGUAGCGGCACAUUACGAUAAUCAGAAAGUGGCACUUCUACUCUUGAAUCAAGGGGCGUCACCUCAUGGAGCAGCAAAGAAUGGCUAUACACCGUUACAUAUUGCUGCAAAGAAGAACCAGAUGGAUAUUGCUACUACGCUUCUGGAAUACGGGGCGGAUGCCAACGCAAUGACCAAGCAAGGUAUCGCUCCAGUACAUCUUGCAGCACAGGAGGGCCACGUAGAUAUGGUGUCCUUGCUUCUCACUCGCAAUGCCAGCGUCAGUGUAAGCAACAAGAGUGGACUCACUCCUCUUCACCUGGCUGCACAAGAGGACAGAGUUGGUGUGGCAGAGGUGCUUUCUAACCAAGGUGCAACUAUAGAUGCAACAACAAAGAUGGGAUACACCCCAUUACAUGUAGCAAGCCACUACGGGAAUGUCAAGAUGGUGAACUUCCUUCUGCAACAUGGUGCUAAAGUGAAUGCCAAAACAAAGAAUGGAUAUACACCUCUGCAUCAAGCAGCUCAGCAGGGGCAUACCCAUAUCAUUAAUGUGUUGCUCCAGCACGGCGCAUCUCCUAAUGAACUCACUGUGAAUGGUAAUACAGCCCUGGCUAUUGCUCGAAGACUAGGCUAUAUCUCCGUGGUUGAUACUCUGAAAGUGGUGACAGAAGAGACUCUGACUACAGUUAUGGUGACUGAGAAACAUAAAAUGAAUGUACCAGAAACAAUGAACGAAGUUUUGGACAUGUCCGAUGAUGAAGUUCGUAGAGCCAAUUUGCCAGAAAUUCUCAGUGAUGCUGAGUAUAUGUCAGAAGGGGAUGAAGGUGAGGAUGCAAUGACGGGCGACACGGAUAAAUAUCUCGGCCCACAGGACCUGAAAGAAUUAGGAGAUGACUCUUUGCCCCAAGAAGGAUACAUGGGUUUCAGUAUUGGUGCGAGGUCAGCCAGCCUCCGCUCCUUCAGUUCGGAUAGGUCCUACACACUAAACAGAAGCUCCUUUGCUCGGGACAGUAUGAUGAUUGAAGAACUCCUUGCUCCUUCUAAGGAACAGAACCAGUCACUCACAAGAGAAUUUGAUUCGGACUCCUUGAGACACUACAGUUGGGCAGCAGACACUUUGGACAAUGUAAAUUUGGUCUCCAGUCCAGUGCAUUCUGGCUAUUUCUAUCCACUUCCGCUGUAUGAUGCAAGUUUCCUUGUUAGCUUUAUGGUAGAUGCACGUGGUGGUUCGAUGAGGGGAAGUCGACACAAUGGGAUGCGCAUCGUUAUCCCACCACGGAAGUGUACGGCACCCACACGUAUAACCUGCCGUCUGGUCAAGAGACACAAACUUGCAACACCUCCACCAAUGGUUGAAGGAGAGGGCCUAGCCAGUAGGUUGGUCGAGAUGGGCCCAGCGGGUGCACAAUUUUUGGGACCUGUGAUAGUUGAGAUCCCCCAUUUUGGAUCCAUGCGCAGUAAGGAGAGAGAAUUAAUUGUGCUGAGAAGUGAGAAUGGAGAAUCGUGGAAAGAACAUCAAUAUGACUGCAAACUGGAGGAACUCACUGAGCUGCUUAAUGGCAUGGACGAAGAACUGGACAGUGCAGAAGAGUUGGAGAAGAAACGAAUCUGCAGAAUUGUAACAAAGGAUUUUCCUCAAUACUUUGCCGUUGUUUCUCGGAUAAAGCAAGAAAGUAACCAGAUUGGACCUGAGGGAGGUGUACUGAAAAGCACAACUGUCCCACAUGUUCAAGCAUCCUUUCCAGAAGGAGCUUUAACCAAGAGGAUCCGAGUAGGGCUACAGGCGCAACCAGCACCUGACGAACUGGUCAAAAAAGUUAUUGGAAACAGAGCCACAUUUAGCCCAAUUGUGACAGUGGAACCCAGAAGACGGAAAUUCCACAAACCCAUUACUAUGACAAUUCCAGUGCCACCUCCUUCAGGAGAAGGUGAAAGCAAUGGUUAUAAAGGGGACAGCACUCCAAGCUUAAGGCUUUUGUGUAGUAUUACAGGUGGGACAUCCCCAGCACAGUGGGAAGAUAUUACGGGAACAACGCCUUUGACUUUCGUGAAUAACUGCGUAUCUUUUACAACCAAUGUGUCAGCCAGAUUUUGGCUUGGUGACUGCCAUCAAAUUCCAGAAACUGUAAGUUUGGCAACACAGCUCUACAGGGAAUUGAUCUGUGUGCCUUACAUGGCCAAAUUUGUGGUAUUUGCCAAAAUGAAUGACCCAGUAGAAGCCAGGCUGCGCUGUUUCUGUAUGACAGAUGACAAGGUGGACAAAACACUGGAACAGCAGGAAAACUUUGAAGAAGUAGCAAGGAGUAAAGAUAUCGAGGUUUUAGAAGGAAAGACGAUUCAUGUUGACUGCUAUGGAAACCUAGCCCCUCUCACAAAAGGAGGACAGCAGCUAAUAUUUAAUUUUUAUGCCUUCAAAGAAAACAGACUGCCAUUUUCUGUGAAGGUCCGAGACCCAAGUCAAGAACCAUGUGGUCGACUGUCAUUUUUGAAGGAGCCAAAAACUACUAAAGGCCUGCCACAGACUGCUGUUUGCAACUUAAAUAUUACAUUACCAACUCAAAAAAAGGAAACAGAGUCAGACCAAGAUGAUGAGACUGAUAAAGUGGACCGACGCCAGAACUUCGUAUCUCUAGCCUUACGUAAGCGCUACAGCUAUCUGACUGAGCCUGGAAUGAAACCAGUUGAUCGAAGUGCAGGAGCAACAAGACCAGUACCUGCUACUUAUUCAUACAAGCCAGGCAUUCCAACAAGACCAUAUCAGUCAUGGACAACUGCUCCAAUUACAGUGCCUGGACAAACCAAAUCUGGCUUUACUUCCCUGUCAAGCUCUUCCUCUAAUACCCCAUCAGCUUCCCCUUUAAAAUCAAUUUGGUCUGUCUCCUCUGCUUCUCCAAUAAAAUCCACACUAGGAGCUUCAACUACAUCCUCUGUUAAAUCUGUUAGUGAUGUAGCAUCUCCUAUUAGAUCAUUUCGGACAAUAUCGUCUCCAAUAAAAACGGUUGUGACACAGUCUCCGUAUACUAUUCAAGGCUCCACUGGUUCUCCAAGUAGAGCUUCUCCACUAGCUGAAACUUCAGUCUUCAAAACGCUCUCAUCAACCUCCGUUUUUUCCUCUAGAACUUCUCCAGUAUCUACCGCUGGGUCUCUUUUAGAAAGAUCAUCCAUUACAAUGACACCUCCAGCAUCUCCUAAAUCAAAUAUCAAUAUGUACUCUUCAACCUUGCCAUUUAAAUCGAUCAUCACAUCUGCAGGGUCACUUUCAUCUUCACCGCUAAAAUCUGUAGUUUCUCCUGCUGUCUCUUCCUCUAAACUAAACAUGGCGUCCUCCUUGUCUUCACCUUUGAAGCUUGGAAAUGGGCCCUCUGAAGUUGGUUUGGUAAAUGGGACUGCAUCACCUCUAAAGUACCCACUAUGUUCUAAUCAUAUUAACGGUUCAGCAGUAAAUAUCCAAGACAAAAUAUCAGCAGUUACAAAAUCGUCAACCUCCACUGUAGGUGCAGCUAUUGACACAGUAGAGAAAAGUUAUUCUGCUUCCCCUACUCCACAGACAUCGUAUUCAUCACCUCUCAGGUCUUUCUCAUCAUCGGCUUCAGCAUUUCAGACAUUGCGUGCUCCUGCCACAGGUUCAAUAUACACCUCCUUUAGAUCUACACUAUCCUCAACUACCUCAUCUGUAACGUCACAAACAAUAACUGUGCCAGUGUAUUCUGUAGUAAAUGUCUUAUCAGAGCCAACCUUAAAAAAACUCACAGAGUCUGCUUCUCUGACCAAAUCAGCAGCUUCCUUGUUAUCAUCUUCAAAGCUUUUAUCAACAGACUCUCCCGCUCAAUUGAGCCGAACAUCAUCUCCUAUAAAAACUCCCUUAUUUCUGUCACCUGCAGCUUUAAAAUUAGCUACUUCAUCGUCAUUAUCUUCAAGUCAGGAGAUACUGAAGGAUGUUGCAGACAUGAAAGAAGACCUAAUAAGAAUGACAGCCAUUUUGCAGACAGACACGUCAGAAGACAAAUCAUUUCAAUCUGAACUGACUAAAGAGGCUAGGAUUGAGGAUGAAGAGCCUUUUAGAAUAGUUGAGAAAGUUAAAGAAGACUUGGUAAAAGUCAGUGAAAUUUUAAAAAAAGAUGUUGUCUUGGAAAACAAAACUUCAGGUGAUGCAGGACACUCAUCAGAUGAGGACUGGGUAGAGUUCAAUAGCGAGGAGAUUGAAGAAGCACGUCAGUAUACCAGAAUAGGCACUCCAACAUACACGACAGAUAAAGUAGAGAUUAAAACUAGAACUUUUUCUGAAAAAGACUAUAAUUUGACAAAAGUUAUUGAUUAUUUGACAAACGAUAUUGGGGGAAAUACAUUUUCUAACAUAAAAUACAAGUAUGAUGAUGGAAAAAAAGAUGGGGAAGAGAAACAAAAAAGAGUUUUGAAACCAGGAAUUAAUCUGCAGGAUAAUAAGCUGAAGAUGCCACCAUCUACAAUGAGGUCUUCAGCAUCAGAAAAGGAAUUAUGUAAAAUCUCAGACUCCAUUUUUGGAACAGACAUGAUUUUAGAGUCCCCAGAUGAUUUUUCACAACAUGAGCAAGAUAAGAGUCCUUUGUCAGACAGUGGGUUUGAAACGAGAAGUGAAAAAACUCCAUCAGCCCCACAGAGUGCUGAAAGUACAGGUCCUAAACCACUCUUUCAUGAUGUGCCUAUUCCACCAGUGAUAACUGAAACAAGAACAGAAGUUGUACAUGUCAUCAGAAGCUAUGAACCUUCAAAUGAAGACAUUCCUGAAUCUGAAAACGGUGAAGCACAACUAUCAGAAUCAUCCUUCAUGGAGCUAGAGCAAAGUUCUGCUGGAUCAAUAAAAGCAAAAAAUAAAACAUAUCAGUUAAAACCUGGAAUUGAUGAAGAGGACCACAAAAGUGUUAUUGGAAAAGGUGUUAGAGUGAAAGAAGAAACACAUAUUACUACAACAACCAGAAUGGUUUAUCAUACACCUCCUACUGAAAAUAAAUCAGAAAGAAUUGAGGAAACUAUGUCUGUUCAUGAUAUAAUGAAAGCUUUCCAAUCAGGCCGUGACCCAUCUAAAGAGCUGGCAGGCCUGUUUGAGCACAAGUCAUCAGUAUCAUCGGAUGUUAAGAAGUGCACAGAUACAUCACAACAACAUUCUGAAAGGGAUUCCAAAAUGAAACCAAAAUUGGAGCGAAUUAUUGAGGUGCACAUUGAAAAAGGUAACCAAGCUGAACCUACAGAAGUCAUUAUUAGGGAAACAAAAAAGCACCCAGAAAAAGAAUUGUAUGUGUAUCAAAGGGACAUAAGUCAGGGAGAUUUUAACAUCAAAGAUGUGAUGGCAGAAAGAAAUAGCAUUUUUUCAUGUUCAGAUGAUCAAGGGCAGCCAGAAGAAGAAGAACUUACAGCUGAAGAGUCUCUACCUUCGUACUUAGAAUCUUCAAGGGUAAAUACUCCAGUAUCCCAAGAAGAAGACAGUCGUCCAAGCUCUGCUCAGCUCAUAUCUGAUGAUUCAUACAAAACUCUGAAGUUACUAAGUCAGCACUCUAUAGAAUAUCAUGAUGAUGAACUUUCAGAACUACGAGGGGAGUCUUACAGGUUUGCUGAUAAAAUGCUGCUUUCUGAAAAACUAGACGUGUCACAUUCUGAUACAGAGGAGUCUAUGACAGAUCACGCUUUGUUCCUUGGUUCAGACUUACAGCGGCAUGAAAAACAAUGCAAAGGAAAAAUGGUUACAACCCCUAAAAAAGAAAUCCUCUCAAAAAUAUAUAAGGAUGUCUCAGAAAACGGUAUAGGUAAAUUAUCCAAUGAUGAUUCAUUUGAUAAAGUUACGGUGUUGCACUACGCUGGAGAUUCCAAAAGCCCCAAACAUGCAAUGUGGAUGCGAUUCACUGAGGAUAGGCUAGAUAGAGGUAGAGAAAAGUUAUUGUAUGAAGACAGGGUAGACAGGACAGUAAAAGAGGCAGAAGAAAAGUUGACUGAAGUAUCACAGUUUUUUCGUGACAAAACCGAAAAACUUAACGACGAAUUACAGUCUCCAGAGAAAAAGCCUAUAAAGAAAAAUGUUAAAGAAUUUACCUCUGGCUAUGGCUCAACUAGCAGUAGCCCGGAAAAGAUAUAUUUUACAGAUCUGAGAACAGCCAGUGAGGACUGGACUAAAAUGCAUCAAUUUGCUCAUGAUGGAAAGGGUAUCACUGCAGUCUAUGAAAGGAAAGCAACCAGCUUGCCAUGUAGCCCUGAAAAAAGGUUGUUUGACCAGAAGACAGAGGACAUCAAGUCAGGAUCUCAAUCUGGUUUCCAAUUAAAGCAAUCAAAGCUCAGCUCAAUCAAAUUAAAAUUUGAACAAAGUAUAAAUCUGAAAAAUAAAGACAGUGCUCACGAAGAUAAAAAACAUGAGAGUCCAUCUAAGAUUCCAGUUAAAAAACUGCAGGACGGCCGUUUGCCAUUUUUUCAGUUUCACACCAGGGAAAAGCAACAAAAUGCAACAGAUGAAACAAAUGGGGAAAUGCAUUUGCUAAAGGAGUCUAUCUCUGAAGCAAUUAAUGAAGAAUGUACCAAAUUCAAAGAAUUUAUCAGAAGUAAUGGGGGUUUUCUAGAUCAGAAGGCAGAAAAGUCAAGUGUAGUACAAAAAGACUGCCCUUCAGAUCAGGCAAUAAACACCACGCCUGAUAAUGUAAAUGCAUCAGAAUCCUCUGUUUCCAUGGACAAUAAGAUAUAUAGAACAUGGGAAAUGCCUGGUAUUGCUAAUCAAAAGACACAAAAGGAAAAGCUUUCACAUGUUUUUAUACGGGAUAAUGAAAUGGAUAGCAAUGGAGCUAAUUUUCCAAGUCAUGAACUAAGUAACGACCAAGCUGUUUCCAGAAAUGGAUUCUGUUCAAGAGAACAAAAGGAAAACUAUGUUAAAUCUCCUUCAAAAAAAGUUUUGUAUACAGAUCAUGCACGCAAGGACGGAGGCUACACCGGCGAUGGAAAAUGUGGGCAAAAAAAGGAAGGAGUAAAUGUAUCGCACAUUCCCAUUAGAAUAACUGAAGAGAAGAGGGCAUUUCACAGUAGCAAUGAUUACAACAACCAGUCAAAACCAAAAUUAGCUAAACCUGAAACACUACAUUCUGCAUUUGUGUCAGAUGAUAACAAUAGGCGAUCAGACCUUAAAAUUAGUAAGACCCAAUGUUACCUGGGGUUAUCUCCUUCUUUUGAAGAUACGGAGAUAUCUCCUGUUAAAUCCCCCGAUUCAUUAGAGGCUAGCCCUCUUAAAGAAUGUUCGAGUGGGUCACAUGAUCACACUGUUGAUACUCUAGACAAAAACUAUUCAAUAGGUACAGAAUUAUUACAAGAAUUAAACACUUUACCUGUUUAUGUCAGCAUUGUACAAGUAGGAAAGCAAUAUGAGAAAGAAGUGCAGCAGGGGGUUGUUAAAAAAGUUAUUAGUCAGGAAAGUAGAACAGUGCAAGAAACUAGAGGUGCUCUUAUUACUGUAAAGCCACAGAAACAACCUCCAUCUCCUCAAGGCAGUCCAGAAGAUGAUACCCUAGAACAAGUCUCAUUUAUAGAUAGCUCAGGAAAAAGUCCUUUAACCCCAGAAACCCCUAGCUCAGAAGAAGUGAGUUAUGAAUUCAAUUCUAAAACCCCCGACUCACUGAUGGCAUAUAUACCAGGAAAGCCAAGCCCUAUACCUGAAGUAUCAGAGGAAUCAGAAGAGGAAGAAAUAAUAAACUUACCUUCCAUAAAGCAGAGCAUUACAGAAACCCAUCAUACUGAUACAAUGCAAUCAGUCAAUAUUAGCAAAGACUUAAAUAAAAGAACAAAAGACAACAGAGUAGCCUAUAUUGAGUUUCCACCUCCCCCACCCUUAGACACUGAACAAAGUGAGUCUAGUAAAAAGCACCAGGAGAUUUCAACCGACAGUGAGAUGGAAUUGACAGAAGUCAAUCUACAGGAUGAUCAUGACAAAUUUCUUUCCGCUGAGCCUGUAAUACGGGUUCAACCACCUUCUCCUGUCCCCCCUGAGUUAGACAUGAGUGAUUCAAGUGAUGAUGAGUCAGUUCUCCAACCUAUAGCAAUCAAAAGGUAUACUUUUAAAAUAAAAGAUGAGGAGAUUAAAGAAUGUUCAAAAAUCAAUAACACAGGGAAGUCUGACCCUCAAAAUCAAUCAUGCGAAAUUGAAACAGUCUUGAUUUCACCAACUAAUGAUAUUGAACAAAAUGGUAACAAUGACCAGUCAAUUACAGAGUGCUCCAUAGCAACCACUGCAGAAUUCUCACAUGAUACAGAUGCCACUGAAAUAGAUUCCCUUGAUGGCUAUGAUUUGCAGGAUGAAGAUGACGGACUAACUGAAGGUGAUCCAAAGCUUGCACAUUGUCAAGAACUUGAAAUAAAGAAGGACCCUUGGGGGAAAGAAAGUGUUCUAAAACACAGUGACCGUAGCUUUAGCCAAAGUAAACUUGAAGUUAUUGAAGAGGAGGAAAAAGUAGUUGUUGAGGAAUAUAAGCCAUGUAGAAAAAUCACUGAUAGUGAAAAAAAAGGUGAUCAAGAUGAUAAAAAGUCAGGCGGUCAAUUUUUUACUUUGGAAGGAAGACAUCCUGAUAGAACAGUAUUUCCAGAUACUUAUUUCAGUUACAAAGUGGAUGAGGAAUUUGCAACACCCUUUAAAACUGUAGCUACAAAAAGCCUAGACUUUGAUCCUUGGUCCAGUAAAGCUGGAGACGAUGAUGUGUUUGAAACAAAAUCCAAGGAUGAAGAACAAAAACCUUUCAGUCUGGCCGUAGAAGAUCGGUCACAGGCAACCACACCAGACACAACUCCAGCUAGAACCCCAACAGACGAAAGUACCCCAACAAGUGAACCCAAUCCCUUCCCAUUUCAUGAAGGGAAGAUGUUUGAGAUGACUCGCAGUGGUGCUAUUGACAUGAGCAAGAGGGAUUUUGUUGAAGAAAGACUCCAAUUUUUUCAGAUUGGUGAGCAUAAUUCUGAAGGGAAGUCAGGGGACAAGGGGGAAGGGGACAAAAUUACUGCCAUCACACUUCCACAGUCAGGGGACAUCUCGAUAGAACCCAUCCUAGAGAAACAAGUAGAGACCACUCCAGUUGAACAUAUUACCACUACCCAGGCCCGUGGAGAUUGUCUUGAUGGAACAAAUGGUAAUAUUCCAUUGGAAAUAUCAUCAACUACUACCACAUCUAAAAAUGAUCCUAAAUUGCGCACACCAAUAAAGAUGGGCAUAUCUGCAUCAAUGACCACGAAGAAGGAUGGCAUUGGAGAAGUGACAGACAAAUUAGAUGCUAUACCAGGCUCACAGAAUUUAGAUAAUGAUAGCAGAUCUGCAUUUCCAAAUGUACACAAUUAUAACAACAUAACUAGCCACAUAGAAAUACACGAUUUACAGGCAGAAAAUUUUAACAACAACAAUAACCUGGAUUCUUCGGUUCUAAAUUUAAACCAUAAUACUAUUAAUCUGGUACUUAAUAAAGAGCUGGAGACUAAACCUGUAAACAAAGUGAAAGGUAAUGUAGGGAAAGAACAUGAAACAUCUAAUAAAAAUAUUACUAGUGAUAAAAGAAAGAUCCAGAAAGAACAAAAGCCAGCAGAACCAUCAGGAAAUAGGCCUCGGUCCAAGCUACCAAUUAAGGCAAUGCCAGCAAAGCCAGUUCCUAACCAAACUAGUAACACAAACACUUUGGUAGCUAGAAAGAAAUUGCCAACCAAGUGUGAGAGAGACACAAAACAUGACUAUACACCAGUUGCAGACAUAAAAUCUAAGAUCCCAGUAAAAAAUACCAAUAGGGGGAUUCCUCCUGUACAAAAGAAAGUCACUCCAAGACAAAAUAAGACCGAGAAGGAAGCAGUUAAACCGGCUCCUUCAAAAUUACCAUUAAAGGUAAGAACUCCCUCUAACCCUACCCCACCAGUCAAAGUAAAGAAGCAUGAGUAUAGUGAGGUUUGUAAACAUUCUAUUGAAUAUUUUAAGGGAAUUAGUGGGGAGACAAUAAAGCUUGUGGAUCGUCUUUCUGAUGAAGAGAAGAAAAUGCAGACUGAAAUCUCAGACGAUGAAGACAGUACCUCGAGAAAUACAUCAUUAUCUGAAGUAACUCAAGUUUCCCAGCCUUCAGUUACAUCGAGGUCUGCUAAAGACAUGAGAGCAGACGCAGCACCUUUAAAAUCAAAGAUUGAAAAGACCGACAGUGAGAGAAGGAGCAGUAGAAGGACUGGUCCUCAAAGUCCAUGUGAGCGAACGGACAUAAGGAUGGCAAUAGUUGCUGAUCAUCUGGGACUUAGCUGGACAGAAUUGGCAAGAGAGCUGAACUUUUCUGUGGAUGAAAUUAAUCAAAUCCGUGUGGAGAACCCAAAUUCUCUGACUACACAAAGCUUUAUGCUGUUAAAAAAAUGGGUUAUCCGAGAUGGGAAAAAUGCUACAACUGAUGCCUUAACCAAUGUUCUGACAAAGAUCAAUCGGAUAGACAUUGUGACACUCCUGGAAGGGCCGAUAUUUGAUUAUGGAAACAUUAGCGGCACCAGAAGUUUCGUAGAUGACAAUAAUGUUUUCCAUGAUUCUCCUGUGGAUGGUUGGCAUAGUGAAACUUCAAGCAUCAAUGUGGAACCACCAACUCCAGACCGAAAAAUGGAUAGUGAACUCUUAGAGCGACUGGACGAUAGCCAUGAGUCCAUUACCUCAUAUCUUAAGGGAGAGGUUGGAAGGCUGGAAUCUAGUGUCAGCCCUUCUGAAACAAUAACGGAGGGCAAGACGAGGUCCAGUGCUCCAGACACAGACUCGAAACUGAAUGAUAAGCAGAGUAUGAAACCAAAAACACUCCAUGGAACUUCGGGCAAAGGGGAACAAACUUCACCUCACCUAGCUGUACAUCAGAAGUCCCUGGAAGUGACAAACAAGACAGUAAUUGGCGAACAUAAAAGCCCUCUUAGUACAAGAAGGACAGGAGUCGAAGAAGGAAAGCUAAGAUCAACCAUUCACGUAGAAGAAGGAUCAUCUUCAGAACAAAAGUCUGCUGGUAAAACAUGCCUAAAAUGCAUUUAUCAGGAUUCUAGUGACAGUGAAUAUGAGAGUGAGACAAGCUCAGACGAGGAACGAAGAGUCACUACGAAAGUAACUCGACGUCGGUUGAUUCUAAAGGGGCAGAAAGCAAAAAACAUUCCUGGUGAAUCCGUUACAGAAGAACAGUACACGGAUGAAGAUGGAAACAUCAUCACAAGAAAAGUAACUCGGAAAGUCGUGAGACGUGUUCUGGUUCCGCAAGAGAAAAAAGUUGGAAAGGUUACGGUUGGGACCGAAGGGUACAAAGUAAAAACAAAGAAAGAAGUCAGACAUAUUGAGAAGAAAAGCUACUCGUAAUGGUUUGAUGUUUAAGGAUGAAAAAAAAAGUUACUGCCAAACGAGAUGUUACCAGAAGAACACAAUUCAGAAAAGUCACAUUAAAUAAAUUAAAGUGUGUUUGCCGCUUCCACACAUUAACCGCAUGGGUUUUUUUUAAUGCAAGAAUCCUUUUAAUUUAGCAUGAGCCAAUUAUACAGGGCAUGGGAGAUCCGCUACAUUCGAAUGGGACUGAAGAGUGCACAGUUUACAAUGCAGUGUAUAUACAAAACAACAUGCUAUUGAUGGCAUCUCUUCAACAAAGUGAAACAUUCUUUGAACGAAAAAACGUAGAAGAUCACGAGAUUGGUUGGACUAUUGAAAGACACAGUAAUCACUAAAUAAGCAACAUUUCGCCUUAUUUUUUUUUAACCCUAGAUUUUAGGGUUAAACAAAAAAAAAAAAAACACUCAAUUUCUUUUUUUAAAUCAUCAACAGAUUUGCUGUAAAUAAGUGAAACUUGUAUAAAAUUCUAACAAAACUAGUUUUCAUGUUAAUAACGCACCACCUGGUAAAUAUUUACAAACUGACUAUAAACACUAAUUCAUAUAAUCAGAUAGGUGUCUUCACUUAUCAGAUAUGAGGGGGAGAGGGAGGGGUUGGCUUCACAAAUUCUUGUAUAUUAUCAAUUAAACUGUUUGUAUACGGAAAUAAAAAAAAAAAAGACAAAAAAAAUUAUAAUAAUGAAAAAAUAAAAAGGCCAAGCAGCUUUUCCACAAAUUUCUUUAACUCUGCUACAGACAAACAAAAAACACAAUACGGGAGAGGAUCUGUAGCACAGUUUAAAAACAAAACAAACCAUUUUCUUCAAAUAAGUAAUAUUUUGGUGCAUGUGUCUCACCUUAUUUUAAUUAAAAAAAAAAAUGCAACUUUGCAAAAGCUACACUAAAACCACAAAAAAAUAUUUUAGCUAUGUACACUGAGCCCUUUAAGAAAUAUUGUUGUAAUUGCCAACUUUUCAUUGAAACAACUUUGAAAAAGAAUAUAUUCUACAAUAGUACAUAGAUUUACAAGCACUCACCUGCUUUGAUGAACGGUUGGAUAAUAAAAGCUUGUUGCUUCAGGAACUAGUUUGUUGCUCUUUGGAAGCGCAAUGAACAGAACUUAGGUAUUAGACAGAGAGCACGCUGUGAGUUUACUGUAUUGUGUACUGGCUCUAAGAUGUAGUAUCUUUUCAGUAAGCCAAUCAUCUGUAAUCAUUCUAGCAGUGUAAUAUUAGGUUGUUAAAGCUGCUGUGUUUUAAAAAGGGCAUUUUUAUUUGGGUUUUGGUGAAAUCUUUUCAUUUGUUGAUUAUAUUCAUAUGAAGAGAAAAAAAAAAACAGCAUUGAUUGAUAAUAGCUCUAAUAAUGUAUGAAAUCAACAAACACUGGAUGAUCUAGUUGAUUAUUUAAACAAAAAAUAAAUUGUGUUUAAAACUA